GUACUAGGUCCAUGGUGUUUUUGACCAGUGCAUUGUGUCGGUGGUAUCGUGUCAUCACGGGUCAAUGGUCAAUUUCCAGACCAGUUCGGAACUGAACCACGCGGCUGGUUUCCGUUUUUGCUUCUUCAUGAUUGGAACGGAAAAACGAACAAUCCAUUAGUACCUUGAUUCAUAAACACACGCCCAAAUACGUGAUUAUUGUCCCAUGCAUCAUGUGCAACAUGCACGCAGACGGCCGACGUAGCUAACGAAUAUUACAAAGAAAAGCCUGAUUUACCUGCGUCUGUAUGUAGUAAGUAGCCGGGUAUGUAGUCAUGAUCAAUUCACAGGAGCUGCGACGUCUUUCUAUGGACGACUUCCAGGCAAAGGCGAAGGAAAUCAUAGAAAAAGAAGGAUGGGAUUAUUAUAAUUAUGCAGCAGGCCGUAGGUGGACUUAUCAGGAUAGCAUCAAUGCAUUUGAAAGGUAUAUUAUUCGUCCUCGUAUAAUGUGUGGUAUCGGUGACCGCGACAUCACUACGACAGUACUUGGCCAUCGGAUCAGCGUACCCAUCUGUGCUGCCCCCUCAGCUUUACAUGUUUAUGCUCAUCCUAACGGGGAAAGGGAAUCAGCGAAAGGUGUUGAGGAAUCAGGGAGUUUAAUGAUUCUAUCAAGUGAAGCUUCCGUUACCAUCGCAGACGUAGCAGAAGCUGCACCCGGUGGAUUCCGUUGGAUGCAGACCUACAUCUUCAAGAAUCGAAAGCAUACAGAACACAUCGUGAGGCAAGCAGAGAGGGCGGGCUUCAAAGCAAUUGUUCUUACGGUUGAUUCGCCAGUAACAGUCAACUGGGAUGAACUUGAUGAUAACUUUGCUGAAGAAGGACAUCUCAACACCGAUCCAAACUAUAGGUGUAUAAAUCUUUUCAUCGACAUUCCAGAAGUACACGAAGCCAAAGCGUCUGGGGACAUCAACCUUGUUAAAAGGUAUCUCCCAGAUCAGCAUAACUCACCAAUCACGUGGGACGAUUUCGAAUGGCUGAAAUCGAUAACAUCAUUGCCAAUCGUUUGCAAAGGAAUCCUCACAGCGGAGGCCGCCAAAGAGGCCGUAGAUGCUGGUGCUGCCGGGAUCAUUGUGUCAGCGCAUGGUGGAAGGCAACUUGAUGGUGCACCAGCUCCGAUUGAUGCGUUAGCUGAAGUCGUAGACGCUGUUGGAGACAGUAAUGUUGAGGUAUAUUUAGAUGGUGGAAUUCGGUCGGGUACCGAUAUCUUCAAAGCAUUAGGGAGAGGAGCGAGGGCAGUUUUCCUAGGACGACCAAUCCUUUGGGGCCUUGCUUGUGGUGGUGCUGCCGGUGUCAAAAGGAUCUUCACCAUGUUAGGCAAUGAACUCAAGGACGUAAUGGCUCUAUCGGGAUGCCCUAGUCUACAAGAAAUCCCGUCAGGUAUGGUCGUUCACAAGUCCUACUAUGAGAAUAGAGAGCAUGUUAGUAAAUCAGCCAAGACUUGCCCUAAAUGUACCUGCAAACUCUGACGUAAUCACUUUCAAUAUCGCAAUACACUCAUUCCAUUAUUUGCGUUAGUGUUUUAGAACAAAUAUAAUUUGGAUCCCCAAAUGAAGAGAUUCGUUCUUAAACUGAGCUAGUCAACCUGCCCCAAUGAAAAAGAGGAGAAAAAAUCUUCCACUCUUUUUGACUUUUUACAUUAUUUUUCUCCAAAUGAAUGUUUUCUUGGAAUUGUGUUAUUUUUGGUAUUAUUAGCUCUGUUUUGGAAUGGAAGGAACUUGCUCUUUUUGCAUGAAUUUAUUAUGUUAUUUUGU